CACUGGGAGUGUAUGUUUAUGCAUGUGAAAGAGAGAGAGAGAGAGUUGUGUAAUCUGUCCAUUUUGUGUCUCCUGUCUCCCCUGUCUCUCUCUCUCUCUCUCCCUCUCUCUCUCUCUCUCUCUCUCUCCCCUGGCCCCCUGGCUGCCAGGCGUCACACCAGUUUAUAAUAAGGACCCAGAAAAGAAAAAAAGUUGUCGAGUGAACGGGACUGAAAGAGAGAAAAAAAAAAGACGGAACCCUUCCCACUCUCCAAAAAUCACGGGGAGUGACUGUGACAGGAGGAAGGGGACAGAAAGAGAGGGAGCAGCAGAGGAAUAAGAGUAAGAAGCCUUCUCAGGACUUCAUAACAUUUCUUUAAGGACUGCACGGACCGGAACGGACCACUAAACUGGACUGAUAAUCAAUAGCGGUGAUCAGUAGCGGAGUGAGAAGUGUUGUGGGAGACUCUUGGAUGAGCAUGCGGCUCGGUUUACUAUUCAGGCUCUAUGUGCUGUGGGGCUUUGUGGUGGUCACGACCUCUGUGACCAAGGCUGCCAAAAGGAAGGUGGCAGGCCGACGGUCCAGACAGGUGUUUGAGGUGGAGCCUGUGGAGGGGGUGUGGUCUGUUUGGGGGGAGUGGUCAGAAUGCUCUCAAACCUGCGGGAUUGGCAUCUCACAGAGGAGCAGGAAGUGUUUACCUCCUCCACCUCCACAGUCUCCUCCCCUCUCCCACUCCCCUCCUAACUGGGCGGGGUAUCUGCCCGGGGGCAUUGGAAGUCCUGUCAUCUCACCUGUUCGCCCCUACUACCCUCCUCGUUACCCUGGGCAACACCCACCUUAUCACUCCCCACCAAUCUCUGCCAAUCGCACCCCAGGAUUGUCUCUGUUUCGGAAUAACCCCGCAGGAGGAGGAGGAGCUCCUGUUCCUGGACAGGCCAAUCAAGCUCCUCCUUUUUACCAACCAGAAUUCUCCCCAACCAAUCAGGACCAUGUGUCUGUUUACCGAUCACCCUAUCACGCUCCUUCACAUGGCUACAACCAGCCGGCACGGAUCAUCAGGAGACCAACCAGUCCAGGAGCAGUGAGGGGUGGAGUAGGAGGAGGAGGAGGAGUAGGAGGAGUAGGAGGAGGGAGCAGAAGGUCGGUCUCCAACAAUCGGGAGGGUCUGCUGGCGAGGAGGUCUUCCUCCAUCCUUCCAGGUCAAUUUGGGUACGGCAGAGUCCCCUUCUCUUUACCUCUGCACCGUCCAAACCGACAGGCUCGCCACACAGACAACGGUACUGACACUGCAACGCCAGCACCUGGACUAGCUGUGAAUGAGGACGAGGCAGAGAACAACAGGAGAGAGGAAGAGGAGAGGGGGAGUGAUGGAGAAGACAGGGAGGGAGCGAGGAGAGAGGAGGAGGAGGAGGAGAGGAAUGUAGAGCAGGAACGCACAGAGUCACCUGCUGCUGAGGAGGUUCCCACAACGACCACAACAACUGGCAAACCACACCGCCAUGUUGACAGACCCUCACACUCCCAUACAGAGCAUGUGCGGGGGAGAGAGCGAGUCCCACCAUCUCACUCCUUCUCACGCUCCUCAUCACCAUCUGCAUCCAACCGCCACCGGUUUGACUGGCACUCUGUCAGCGCUCCACCUCCCAUCGCUUCACCUUUUUCCCCUCCUCUCCACCGCCCCAGCCCGGUGCACAGGGACAGGGAGCUCCACCCAGGCUUCAACCCACAGGCCCCGUCCACCGGCAACAUCUACCCUCUGCAGCACCCCCACGUCCCGCACCUGGGGGUGGAAUCAGGCAGGGAUGGAGGAAGAGCAUCUCCUCAGGUCUACAGAUGCCCUGGCCCAGAGAAGGAGUACCGCAGGUGCUUCUCACAGGUAUGUGGAGGAAGUGCACUGGACUCCAGAGCAGAGCAGUGUGCAGCGUUUAACACCCAGGAGUUCAUGGGUCGCCUCUACAACUGGGAACCUUUCACUGAGGUCGGUGCAGACAAGCAGUGCGAGCUGACCUGCAGACCUGCCAGCUAUCGUUUCUACGUCCGUCAGGCCGAACGUGUCAGAGAUGGGACUCCCUGCUUCAACGUCAGCUCGAAUGACGUGUGUGUGGAAGGACAAUGUCUGACUGAAGGCUGCGAUGGGACACUGGGCUCCGGCUCUGUUAUUGACAAGUGUGGAGUGUGUGGUGGGCGGGACACCUCCUGUCGAAAGGUGACGGGAAGCUUCCAAAAUGUCACGGUUCCCCUUGGUUACCACAAGAUCCUGGACAUCCCACCUGGAGCUACAUUCAUUAACAUCACGGAGAGACGAGCAAGCCCUAACUACCUGGCCAUGAGGAGUGGCACAGGGGCGUCAGUGGUGAAUGGGCGUUGGGCUGUGGACCCGCCAGGGGAGUACCAGGCUGGGGGGACUACUUUCACCUACACACGACCUAGAGCACAAGCAGAGGGGGAGGAGGAGAAAGGAGAGUCCCUCAAAGCCCCAGGCCCCACCACCACACAGCUACAGCUAUAUAUCAUUUUCCACAAGGAGAACCCGGGCAUCGACUAUGAGUUUUACAUCCCUGUUGAGAAGAAGGAGGGAGAGAGGGAGAGGCUGACGGAGAGAGAGAGGGAGGUGGCCAGAGAGAGGCCGAGGGAGAGAGAGCCAGCGAGGGCACCCCUCCGCAGUCCUCUCACUGUGUCAGUAGAAGACCCUCCUCCUGCUUCUCUCCCUGUUUCGGUCUCUUCUUUCCCCUCCUCAUCUUCCUCCUCCUCCUCCUCCUCCUCCUCCUCAGUAUUUUCUCCCCCAUCCUCAGACCGGUGGGCACCUGACAGGUUGCGCCCUCGAGGAUCUGCACCCAACAGAAACGCUCGGAUCCCCCCUCGCACUGACCUGCCACCGGAUACUCAGCCACCAUUUGUUUGGAGAAGAGGCGGACUCACAGAGUGUUCUGCUUCCUGUGGCAAAGGUUCUCAGUAUAGAGUGAUUCUGUGUAUAAACCGCCAUACGGACGAGGAUGUCCCGGAGAGGAAGUGUGACUCUGCGGCCAAACCUGUUCCCGAGGAGGAGCCUUGUAACACACACCCCUGCCCGCCAUUCUGGGAGGCCAGUGCAUGGUCAGAGUGCAGUGUGUCCUGUGGCCCCGGGGUGCAGCAGAGACAGCUUCAGUGCAGACAGAGCUUUGGGAACCGCUCCACCAUGGUCCACCCACAGCGCUGUGCCAGCCUCACCCCACCAGAGUCAACACAGGCCUGUCAACUUGGCCUCUGCUCCCACUGGGAGGUCAGCUCCGAUUGGAGCACGUGCUCAGUGGACUGUGGACUAGGGAGGAGGACAAGGGGUGUGCGUUGCGUCAGCGACCAAGGCAGCGUGGUGAACGACAAGGAGUGCAACUCCAGGCUCCGUCCACAGGGAAGUGAGGAGUGCAACAUGGGACCCUGUGUAACCAACUGGUACUUCACCGACUGGUCCAACACUUGUUUGGCACAGUGUGGCCCCGGGGUGCAGAGGAGAGAGGUGGUGUGUCUGACUCGAGGAGGGGUCAGAGAGGGUAAAGGAGGAGGGGACUGUGUUGGGGAAAAACCGGCAGAGAUGAAGGCCUGUAAUGGGGGUCCCUGUGUGCCAACAGCCAUGUGGUACAGCAGCCCCUGGACACAGUGUAACGUCCCGUGUGGAAAUGGAACUCAGCGACGAGACAUCAUUUGUGUCAACAAGAUGGGGAAUGAUUUUACUGUCGCACCAGCCAAUGAGUGUGCUCAUCUGGACAAGCCUGCUGCGGUCCAGGAGUGUGAGAUGGGAGAGUGUCAGCCCCAGUGGUUCACGACAGAGUGGAGCGCGUGCUCACGCUCUUGUGGGAAAGGCUUACAGAUGAGGGAGGUACGAUGUCUAACACCAGACAAAAAGCACAGCCCUGAAUGUGAUUCCAACACCAAACCUGAACAGGAGCAAAUCUGCAACACAAUACCCUGCAGUCCACAAGUCUCAGAUGAGAACUGCCGGGACAGACGCCAUAACUGUGUGAUGGUGGUGCAGGCCAGGUUGUGCGUCUACCACUACUACAAGACCGCCUGUUGUGCCUCGUGUACCCAGAGUGCUCAGCGUGCGAAGAGGCAAUGACCUGCCAAGCACAGACAGCCUAAGUGUGCAGGAAGUUGAGUAUUAGGUCAAAAGGGCUGAUCACCCUUUAAAUGAUGAGUCUGUAGAAAUGGACAGCCCAGAGUAGAUAUGUGAUGGCAUGAUAUUCAGAUAACAUUCAGCUAUUUUCUCCUGAGUCUUCAGGUAAAACACUGUGAAAGCAGCCGGUUCCUUUUACUAGUUCUCCGCAUAAAGUUUUACAUCGUCUCUUAGAACCACAUAUUCCACUGAGUUUGCUUCUAGUUACUUUGUGCAUGAGCUUUAACAGGUUCAUAAUGUGUCACACAGGGCUGAGUGAUGCAUUUACUGUGAUUUCCACUCAUGAAGGCUCAUUUCUAUGGCUGAGAGAUGAUAAUGGAAGGUCCCCGCUGAGGACACAGCCGUGGUUCAACAGCAAAUUUAGCUUUUGUUAAGAUUCCUCCUAAUCUACAGGAUCUUGAGACAGAUUUAGUCAGACAUGCAUACCACUAAUUAUGUGCUGAACAAAUAAUUACCAUGUGUGCUAGAUAAAGUGUUUAUACUGUAGUUCUGUGUGUGCUGAAGAUCUACUGGAAUAGAUCUACUGUUUCUCUGUACGCAGCAGAUGUCCCCCGCUGAGCUACAGUGGCUACCCCCAACUGAGCUAGAAGGAUUUCAAUUACAUAUUGUAUGUUUUUCUGUUGUUUUUUUUUUCUGUUUGCCAAAAAUAUUUCCUCAAGUGUCCUCUUAUUGUUCAGUUCAGUAUUUGGACAGACAAACCAAAGGAGUGGGGUGACCAUGGCAGUAAGUGACCAAAUAAAAUAUAUCAGAGCAGGAAGACAGAGGUGAGGAGCUUCCUGAACAAGAAGGAUAUUAGACAGAGAUGGUAAUCAAGCAGCACAGACUCUGUACAGUCCUUCAACGUAUUCAUGUUAACAUACAUGUGUUAAAAUACAUCAUUAAGGUGUGAAGACUCAUAGUUGCAGUUAUGGUUUUACUAAACGAAAGACAAUGGUGCUCAAUAAAUAGAUUUUUUUUUAUGACAUUAUCAAGUGAUAAGACUGAAGUUGGUCGUAUACUUUUCUUCUUUUCAACAAAUCACAUGGAAAUACUAAAUCCAUCAAUGUAUUAGUCUGCCUCUUAAGACUUUCUGACUUGCCAACCAUGUCUCUGACACUCCGACCCAAGUCCACUUGUUCUUGCUGAAGAUUUGAAGCUUUAAAUGGCUCACAAAUAUAUAGUGUAAUUUUUUUAAAGGCUCUGUAAUUUUCUAAAAUAGUUGGGCACUGUAAAGAGUGAAUUGUGCAUUUGUUAGGGAAUAUUUUCUGCUGUGGUAUAACACACAUUAGUGAGAUUGUUUCAAAAUAAACUACAGUGCAUAUGUCCAUCAUAAUGAAGGAACAUGUCACUCAGUGCAACAUUAUUUUUUAAUAGUUUUUGAUAACAGUGAAGCUCAAUAACAGAGAAAAAAGUUAGAAAAGGCUGGGGUUUUUGAGCCAAUACAUGUUAGUUUCAAGUCAUUGGUAGUUUUGGUCUUUUCAUGGGAUUUGUUGACAAUAGGAAAAACAGAAUGUCUCCUUUAACCAUGACCUUGGUGACGCACAGGUUUGGUGAUGUAAAAUGAGUCAAUCCUGACUGACCUAAUUUUUCAUUUUAGUGAUCAUAUGGCACAAUGACAAAAAAAUCACAUUUUAAUGUCCACCUUGUUUCCUCACCUCAUCUCAAUACAUCCUUUCCACCAUCGCCUCCUUGGGAGGAGAGGAUGAGUCUGUCCUAUGAGAAAAGGUGAAGCCAGAAUUUAAAAAAACCUUAUGAAGACUAGGAAAGCUGCUUUCUUAUAAUAGUCUUUUAUUAAAUUCAGUUGAUACAGAUCUAAUGCAACCAUUCUGCUUUGACCUGAAAGUAAAUAUUUUGCAUAUUGAAGUGGCAACCUCUGUAUAUGUGUGUAAGUACUCUUUAUGCUUUUUCUCUUUCUCUUACACUGACUCUUUUUUACUUAGCUCUCUUUUUUUCCUUUUCCAACCCCUCCCACCAAGAAGCAUAUACUCACACUCUGCCCACUCAAAGGUGAGGAGGAGUCUGUAUAUUUGUCAGAUAUGUUUUAAUGUCUAUAAUUUCUUUUGAACAUAGUCGGUGCUUAUGUUUUAUUACUGAGUAGAGUUAUCAGAAGUGUUGUUGUAGGCUGCAUUUAUUCACAUCUAAUUGUCAUAUAACGAUUGUAUUUUGCUUUUGAAAAGUACACAUGAACUGUGGAUGUUUGUGAUAUGGACGUGUGUGUGUGCAUGCGUGUGUGUAUGGUUGUGUGUUUUGCGAUCAUGGCUUUGAAUGUGUCAUUCUUGUCUCUAAUCCCUCGUAGUAGAAAUUACAUUUUAUAUAAAAACAAAAAAAGGAUAGUAAUUUAUCUAUUAUCUAAAGAACAUGUAAUUUAUUUUCUGUUUUAAGAGGCUGUAGCAUUUUUUUUUUUGUUACCACCAGAGUUUAUGAGAUUGUUAUUAUUGAUACAUGGAUGGAUUUUUUUUUUUAUCAUGUAAAAACAAAAAACAGUGUGGGAAAAUUAUUGAAUUAAAAACUUUCAUUUUAAAUAAAACUGAAACAACAGAGACAUUAA